UUAUCGAAAUCUUUCUAAAUAAGCCUCAAGUCUAAUUUGAAAUGAUUACUGCUGGGUUUCUAAUUAUAAUAAUUACGGUGUUCGCAUCGUUGGUGAUAUGGUGGUACUUGAUUUUUUAUAAAUAUAAAAAUCAUUUAAAAAUGUUUCCCACCCCGCUUCAAGUACCACUUUUAGGAAUUAGUUAUAAAAUGCGAAAUACUGUUGACAUUUACAGUACAAUGGAGACGCUAGUAAAAAAUUUCGGCAAAAAUGUUUUUGCCAUGAUUGGACCAAUUCCAAUGCUUGUUACAACCGAUCCAAAAGUAUUUUCGGCUAUUCUUGGAUCCCCAAAACAUAUUAAUAAACCAUUCAUGUUCACAACAGCUUUAAACCAGGUGGUAGGAAAUUCACUUCUUGUAGUAAACGGGGAUGAAUGGCGACGGCAAAGAAGACUAUUAAAUCCAUCUCUGAACUACAAAAACGUAAUGCAGGAUAACAACAUUUUUAAUAAGCACUCUAAUGGUCUUAUCAAUAAGUUAAAGGAAGAAAUAAAUAAUGAAUCAACCGAUGUAGUACACAUUCUUGAAAAUUUCACUAUUGAGCAGACUCUCGAAACGAUAUUGGGCGAAACGGGAGCUGAAUUUGACAAAGAGAAAAUAGCAGAAUGUAUGAAAUUAUUGACGCAAAUUGUUUUGGAAAAAAUGUUUUUCCCCUUAACUUAUUUUAGAAUAACACAAAUAUUCACAAAAGUUUAUUGGGAGGAAAGGAAUGCAAUAAAAAUUACGCACAACAUCUUAAAACAAUUUCUUAGAAGAAAACAGAAAGAAGAUUGCGAUUUAAAAAUUAAGGGGGAUCCCAGGUAUAUCGAUAUUUUAUUGGGGGAUAAAAAUAACCGCGAAGUGGAUGUUAUAAAACAAUUAAUGUUGGCGACUACGGCUGCUUCUGACACAAUAGCAUCAUCGUUAUCGUUUAUUCUUCACCACUUAGCCAAAUCCCCCGAAAUCCAACAAAAAGCUUACGAAGAGGUUCACUCAAUCCUCGGUGGAGAUAUUCACCAAACAAUAACGAACCAACAAGUAGCACAAAUGAAGUAUUUGGAUUUAGUUAUCAAAGAAUCAUUGAGAUUAAGUCCAGCUAUUCCUAUGUAUACGAGAAUACUCGAAGAAGAUGUAACUUACGAAGAAACCACAUUACCUAAAGGAUUAACGGUUUUUAUGAUCCCGUUUAUGAUGCAUAUUGAUCCUGAAUUAUAUCCGGAUCCCGAAAAAUUCAUUCCCGAAAGGUUUCUCCCAGAAAAUUUGAACCCAAAUAGAUAUAGUUACGCACCUUUUAAUCAUGGUGUUCGGAAUUGUAUUGGAAAAUUGUACGCAAUGGUCUCGAUGAAAAUUGCUUUGGCAAAGUUGCUGCUUAAUUAUGAGUUUGUGGACGUUCACCAUAAACUUUUUCUAUCCGUGGAGGUUACUUUGACAUCGAAAAGUGGGGUUCGAGUUGGAAUACGUAAAAGGAACCACAUGAAAUAAAACAAUUAAGUUAUUAUUAUGUAAUAUUGUUAACAAUAAAAAAUUGUAUCGAUCGAGA